UUCACUCUCUGCGCUCAACACAUGCUGCUCCUCGCCUCCUCACUGCAUCCGUCCUCCUCUCCCUGAAGUGCGGUACCAUGCAUCCUCCUUUCUCCUCCUCCUCCUCCUCAUCUCUGUCUGCCCAUCACGGUUCCAGGUUCCCUUUAUCAAACAGAACCGUCUUACAGCAAAUCCAGGGACCAUAAGAGAAAAAAAACAAGCUCUGCAACUCCUAUGAGGACUUUGGAGACGGGACAAGGCUCGUUGCUGGGUCUGAGGACAGCUGCAGGAAAACACAUCUUCUUGUGGGAUGCAGAUCUUUCCAGGACCACUGCCCUCCGCUUAACACCGCUUGAUCGCUCUCAAAGUUGGAGGAGAGCACACAUCAAUCAAUUUUGCCUCAUCCUUCUUUCUCACUGAACGCUGGCAGCUCACUCUGUGCAGUCAGUCCAGCUCAAGAUCUCUGUCCCAGCUCUUCACACACUGGCCAAGACUUCACAUCUGAUGUCAUUUCUGGACAUUACAUAGGUGUGACGUUCUUCUUUAAAAACAGAAAAAACUAAACAAAACUAAACAACCUUAUGAUCACAUUGUUCCUUCUUGUGUUUUCCAUAUGAGAUUUAUCAGCAUUAAGCAGGACUGGCUUGGAUCUCUGACUUUCAACUUCACAUAGCAGCAAAAAAAAGGUUUCACAGACGGAAAAAACAGACUGUCAAGAAUUGUAAGGACCCACAAAAGAAAAGAAAAAAAGCAACUUUUUUUUUGGAGCAACUAGUGGCCCUUGGCAACAACCAUGCAGGUGUCCUUUGCAUGUACAGACCACGGGCUGAAGGCCCCGCGCAACGGCGAGCACAGCAAGCAAAACGCCACCAGCCCCAACACAACCAGCCACGCCAGGGCCCGCUUUCGAACAGUGGCCCUGAUAGCUCGCAGCCUGGGCUCUUUCACCCACCGCUACCACCACAACCUCAAGGAGUCAACGGCCAAGCAGACUGGCAUGAAGUACCGGAACCUGGGGAAAUCUGGGCUGCGUGUCUCGUGUCUGGGGCUUGGAACAUGGGUAACAUUUGGAGGUCAGAUCUCUGACGAGGUGGCAGAGCAGCUGAUGACUAUCGCCUAUGAGAGUGGGGUCAACCUGUUCGACACAGCCGAGGUCUACUCCGGGGGGAAAGCAGAGAUAAUCCUGGGAAACAUCAUUAAGAAAAAGUGCUGGAGGAGAUCCAGCUUAGUGAUCACCACGAAGCUCUACUGGGGAGGAAAAGCAGAGACAGAGAGAGGCCUCAACAGAAAACAUAUAAUUGAAGGUUUAAAGGGCUCCCUCCAGAGGAUGCAGCUGGAAUAUGUGGAUGUGGUUUUUGCCAACCGGGCAGACGGCAAUACUCCCAUGGAGGAGAUAGUGCGUGCAAUGACUCAUGUGAUAAACCAAGGGAUGGCUAUGUACUGGGGGACAUCUCGCUGGUCUGCCAUGGAGAUUAUGGAGGCAUAUUCUGUGGCCAGGCAGUUUAACCUAAUUCCUCCGGUGUGUGAGCAGGCUGAGUAUCAUUUCUUCCAGAGAGACAAAGUGGAAACUCAGCUUCCAGAGCUUUACCACAAAAUAGGUGUGGGUGUCGUCUCUUGGUCACCCUUGGCCUGUGGAAUUAUCACUGGAAAGUACGAGAACGGCAUCCCAGAGUCCUCAAGAGCUGCAAUGAAGCCAUACCAGUGGUUAAGGGAGAAGAUAAUGAGUGAGGAUGGGAGAAAACAGCAAGCAAAACUAAAAGAACUGACUCAUAUUGCGGAGAAACUUGGAUGUACUUUGCCACAGCUAGCCAUAGCCUGGUGCUUAAGGAACGAGGGAGUGAGCUCAGUGCUCCUGGGGUCCUCCAAUCCAACCCAACUAACAGAAAACCUGGGAGCAAUUCAAGUGAUUCCAAAGGUUACGGCAGGUAUUGCCACAGAAGUGGAUCAUUUACUAGGCAACCGCCCACAUAGUAAAAAAGACUACCACCAUUAGGAUGGACCCCCGCAUAGUGAACUAUGCUCAAAAAGCUUAUCAAAGCUCACUCUUCACAGCCAUGGCACCAUAAGUGUGUGUCCAAGAGUGCUUGUGUGUGUGUGUGUGUGUGUGUGUGUGUGUGUGUGUGUGUGUGUGUGUGUGUGUGUGUGUGUGUGUGUGUGUGUGUGUGUGUGUGUGUGUGUGUGUGACUGAGUAAUGUGUUCUGCUUGGCUCUUUCCGUUCAUCAAGGUAACGUGAGCUACCUGACAGUAAAGCAUGCAUGCUACAGCUAUAGCAGCAAGCCACUGGACUAUUUAAAAUUUGGAGGAUCCACUGAGAGAAUUUCCUUCCUUCUUCCACUCAUUAGAAGGAACAUAAUGAGCAGAAGGUGCUGAACUGUAAUUAACAGAAGAAAAAGAUUAUAUAGGGUAAUAAAGAAAUAUCACUUCAUGUCGUAUCAUUAUCCACCAUUAUACAUGAGUUUCAAUGCACGUGAAAAAAAAAUGUAUGACCUCUAAGCAUCUGAUUAAGCUUCUGAAGCCUAUGACAGUGCCAUGAGCACAUAUAAAAUGGCCUGUACCAAAAUGUGUCUGGUGUUACAAAAAUCUAGUUCAUUUUAUGUCUGUAGCUUGUUAAAAAGAAUCAGUGAUGAUAUACAUAUAUGUUUCAGCCUUCUUUAUGUUUUAUUUACUUUCUUUUUUUCAUGUUACUUUCCAGUAAUGCAAAAAUACUGCAGAGGACUGUGUUUUCCUACUGUACCGACUGUUUUUACUCAGCAAGACUUUCUGUCGUUGGCUAUUAGGUCUGAUUCAUUUAAUUUGUGUUGUUGAUAGAACAUUUGUCGUUGAAGCUUGGGUGAUGAUCCCUCCAUUGGAAGAUGUGGAUAAUAAACAAUGACAUGUGGCUAAUGAGCAGACAAAAAAGAAAGAAAGGAAGAAAGAAAGAAAGAAAGAAAGAAAGAAAGAAAGAAAGAAAGAAAGAAAGAAAGAAAGAAAGAAAGAAAGAAAGAAAGAAAGAAAGAAAGAAAGAAAGAAAGAAAGAAAGAAAGAAAGAAAGAAAGAAGAACACCAUAUGGAGCCCUGCAGUAAUUGCACUUGGAACAUGCAGUGUUUUUGCCCUACUGCUCCCAAAGUGUAGUUUUAUGUAAAGGGGAUCUCUUUGUGUUCUGUUCAUUGAAAUGUAUAUUUAUGGUGUUGUUCAUCAGAUCUGUGCAUCACAAUAAAAAAAUAAAAUAAAAAAGGUGAUGAUUCUAAUGUAAAAUGUUUUGCAC